AUGUCUUUCGCCGCUCCGGCAGCCUCUACCCUCCUUUCACGCCUCCUACGUCGCUUCUCAACCAGCUCACCCAUUCUCGCCUUGACCCCGGAAUCGCAAGCGCGAAAGAUGUCCUCCACCACCGAACAGGCUACUGUUGCCGCCGGCUGCUUCUGGGGCGUCGAGCACCUGUACCGUAAGCACUUCGGCAACGGCAAGGGUCUUUUGGACGCGAAAGUCGGCUACUGCGGUGGCCAGACUUCGUCGCCAUCGUACCGUGCCGUCUGCUCAGGCGAUACAGGCCUUCCUGAAGUUAUCACCGUCGCACCUCAUGAAACAAACAAAUGCUCACUAAAUGCUUGCCCGAUCUCUGCAGAUGCCGAAGCCCUCCAGAUGACCUUUGACCCGUCCAUCGUCACCUACCGCCAGCUCCUCGAGUUCUUCUACCGCAUGCACGACGCGACGACCCUGAACCGCCAGGGUCCUGAUGUCGGCACUCAGUACCGUAGCGUGAUCUUCACCCAUGGCGCGGAACAGCAGAAGAUCGCAGAAGAUAUUACCUCCAAGGUCAGCGAGCAGUGGUUCAAGCAGCCCGUGUCGACCCAGGUCCUCCCGGCCGGCCAGUGGUGGGAUGCAGAGGAGUACCAUCAGCUCUACCUCCAGAACAACCCCUCUGGCUACGAAUGCCCUGCUCAAAAGCUGACAUUUGUGUGCUUUGCUAGCUUUGUGCGAAACUUCCCUCCACUUUCGGAUUGA